AUGGCCGCGUAUUUUGCAGAUGGGUACUGGGCGACACGGGAUCGCCUGAUCCCGGCAGGUCUCAUGGCCGUCACGGCCUAUUGCGCGGUGCUGAUCUAUUUCUUUUCACCGGCCGGACCGGCCGUGACCGCCACUGGCGUGCCGAUAAACGACUUCCUUUGUUUCUGGUUGGCGGGCUCGGAGGUUGUGCGGGGCACGCCCCAGGUUGCCUACGACAAUGAAGCCUUUCUUGCGCUGCAAGCGCCUUAUCUUGAACCCGGUGCCUUCUAUCCGUUCUUCUACCCGCCGACCUUUUUACUCAUUCUGGCUCCUCUUGGGACGAUGGCUGCAAUCCCGGCCUAUGUGAUGUCACAAGUGGUCAGCCUGGCAUUCGCCGGCGCGGUCUGCGCACGCAUCCUGCGCAAUUGGACCGGGGUUCUGCUGAUCGCAGCGAUGCCUGCAACUUUCAAUGCGGUAUUUCACGGACAAAAUGCACUUCUGUGCACUGCAUUGCUGGGAGCCGGUCUUGUUGCCUUGUCGGAGCGCCGCGAAGUGUUGGCCGGGCUGUUCAUCGGUCUGUUGACCAUCAAGCCGCAAAUGGGCGUUCUUCUGCCUUUCGCGUUCCUGGCGGCUGGUUACUACAGGGCAUUCUCGUCGGCCGCUGUCACCGCGAUCACCGUUGCCGCGCUGAGCUGGAUUGUGCUGGGUUCCGGUACCUGGCAGGCUUUUCUGGAACAGGCCGCGUUCACCGGCCAGGCAACCGACCAGGGAAUGGCAGGAUUUUACAAGAUGGCAUCCGUCUACGCCUCUGUUCGCCUGAUCGGCCUGGACGCGCUGCCCGCUUAUGCGGUUCAGGGCGCGGCGUCCCUCGCGGCCCUGUGGGUGGUCUGGAAAGUCUGGGGAUCCGACGAGGCUUUCGGUCUGAAGGCAGCGGUUCUGGUUUCGGCCGGGUUCUUUGCGACACCCUAUGUGCUGCCCUAUGACCUGGCGGCCCUGGCUGUCGCGAUCGCGUUUUUGGUGCAGGCCACAAACGGCAAGCAGGCAUUCCCGUACAUGUGGACGCUGGUUGCCCUCGCGGUGCUGCUCUCUGCCUCCUCAAGAUAUAUCGGGGCUGUCUCGGGAGUGCCGCUCGGUCUUGUUGCACCGGCAAUCAUCCUUUUUGUGUCAAUGCGCCUUGUCAGUUUUUCUGGUCGUAUCGGCAAGGAGGUGCAGUCAUGA